GUUACUAUUCUGUUCGUGUCUGAGGAAACAGGAAAUGGGUGGAGGAAUUUCUCAAGAGGAAAAGCAAGCUAGCCUGGACCAGUAUGCAAACUCUUUCUUCCAGUCUAGACAGUGGAAUGGGUUUGGAAUCGACGUAUCCCUGGAGAGGUUUUCUGGCUACAACUCUGCUGCAGAGCUGAGUUCUUUCAGAAACCAGGUUGAAGACGCUGAUAGACUAACCGAUGGAUUGACGGUUAUGGAGAAACUGAAUAGUCAACUGGGAGGAUUCGGCCCAGUGGCGAACGCUGUUGGAUUGGGGGCCCUCGUCAUUUCCUUGUUAAUAGAGAACGUGGCUAAAUCCUUGGGGAAACCACCAAUGGGUACAGCUGAUAUACUUCGAAGAGUUUUUGCUGAGGAGAAAGGCAAUGAGGUGCGAGAUCUCAUGGAUGAAUAUAUGAAGCAUAUGAUACUCUACUUUUGGAAACCGCAGGACCUUACUUUUUACACCAAGGACCUACAAUUUAAACUUAGCCUCCAGCUCACAAGAUUACGGAACUCCAUGCUGAAGGAUAACCAGAUGACCACUCGGCUUCUUAACCAAUGGGUGAACGGAGCUGCCUUUCACACCCAGAUGUUGAUCCAUCUGGCUCGGUUAGAGAGGUCAGAUGGAGCCGUAGCAAAAAUAGCAGCCAUUGGUUACCACAGAGAUGUCGACCUUCUUUUGAAGAAAUACGAGAGUUACCUAAUUGAUAAUAUUGCUGGAAUAUAUUAUCGUCUUCCAGGUGGUGAGCCCAUUGCAAGGGGGACCCAUGUUUCCUUUUUGGGCUGUGCCCGGCCACCAGCCGCUCGCCAGCGUGCCCCACCUCGAGGCCUGGCUCCAGAGUGGGGCCCCUAUGUCCCGCGUCUGGGCAAGGAACACUAG